AUGGGCCCGCCCGCUGAUGUCGUCAUGGGCCCGCCGCCGUUGCCAGUGGUCCAGCAACCACCACCACCGGCCCCUCCAAAAGAUAACCAGGAAAUCGGUGAUAAAUAUCGACGAUUAAAACGGAGAUAUUUUGAGUUAGAGGAUAAACAUAAAGAAGCGCAGCAUGAGUUGAGGUUAUCUGGUGAACGCAAUGUGAAACUUCGGGAAGAAAGAGACAAGAUGCUCGACCGCAUUCGUGAGCUUGAAACGCACUCUGAGCCAAACGUCUCGGGUGUUCCUUAUCCGCCAUCCAGUGCCUUUCCUCGUUCCCUCUCAACCUUGAAAGCUCGUUCGUUUUUCGUAUCAAACCUUCGUCAAGCAAUGGCAGAAGAAGAAACUGACGACCAUGAGGUCGAUCCACUUCUUACUUCGCGGCAUGUCGGCCCGUUGGCUCGCAAGCGCGCAGAAGACGAACAUCGAGACCGCGCAGAGGAAGAGGCUCGUGAAGCCCGUCGCCAAACAAAGCGUCCUCGUGGUGCUGUUAAAGGAAAAGAGCCCAUGGGCCAGCUUCCGCCUGGCCAGCCCCCCAUGGCCAUGAUCCCUGUUCCCGUAGAAGGAGGUGGCCCAGGAACCCCUGUUCUUGUGUCCACCAAGGGCACUCGUCUUCGCCUCAAACCUCCUGUGCGCCCUUCACCUAAUGAUGCUAUUCCUUCAAGCAAUGCGGCACACUCCCAAUCAUCACUUUCUCCAUUGAUAUCCCCUCAUGAUGAGCAACCUACUCAUUAUGAUCCGCACCCUGCCUUGGUUCCUGUUCCUAGAAAUACGCCUCCACUUGUUGGGCCGUCCCCCUCAUUACCCCCGCAAAUGGGGGCUCCCCCUUUACCUACGUCAUCCUCUCGCGCAACCGAGGUUCAGCGCCAUGCCAAGCCUAAACGUCUGAAGGCUCAUACUGUCACAACAAAGAGCUACAGCAUCCCUACUGUUCCACGUGAUAAACAGAGACGUCCAUUACUGCCCCUCACCGUCGGCAUCAUGACAGUGAACCAACUUGGAGAGGUUUGCAUGCGAGAGCAUUUUCACACGGAGCGGUACAUCUUCCCGGUUGGAUACGAGGUGACACGAAAAUACUCAUCGACGGUGGAUCCCACGACAGAUGCGAUCUACACUUGCUCAAUCCUCGAUGGCGGGGAUGGACCCAAGUUCAAGAUCGUCGCAUCGGAUGUCCCCGAUCGUCCUCAAAUCGCAGGCACCGCCACCGGCGCAUGGUCUACGAUUGUGAAGCAAGCCAAUACUAUCCGCAAUCGCCAACACUCGAAUUCUGUCUCAGGCCCCGACUUCUUUGGGCUAGGACAAAACACAAUCAAGCAUCUGAUCCAAGAGCUGCCAAAUGCCGAUCGCUUGCGCGAUUACGUAUGGCAAAACUUUGUUGAGGGAGGACCUUUAGGCGGUAGACACGCGGCCGUCGUUCCUGCACUUCCAGAAGACCAAUCCAAUGUCGCCGAUGGACACGCUGAUGAUAAUCCUCCCUAUACGCACCCUCCCCCACAUCUGCAAUCGCAGCCUUUCACAACCAUCGUCCUUCCACCACCUCAAUCCGCCGACACUCUAAGCAUCCACGAGUACCGCCCUCCCUCACAGAGGGAUAUCGAAGACAGACGACAGAGUAGCUCUCAUUCACAUGGCACCCGUCAGCACGCAAAUCCUUCACCACCAAUCGUGACACCUACCUCCCAGGCAUCGUCUCCCCCACAACAACAGUCACCAUAUCUUGCUGGUGCCAAUGCGCCAGCCCCACAGCCUGUGCCUGCAACAUUUGCAAGCAUAAUGAAUGCCUAUCCCGCUCCCUCAGCUGCAAGAGAGGAACCUCAUUCACGUCCGGGAUCUCGAGAUGCCGAGCUCUCUACCAGUGGUCCCUCGUUGCGGUCUCGUGAUCAGUGA